UUUAUUUCACAAUUCCAUAUCUGGUCACACUGUAUCGCUAAUAUAUUAUUUGGAAGUGCAUUCCAUUUUGGCGAUUCAAUCGAAUUUUUAUCCCGUGUUUUGUGUUGUGUUUUUCCCACAUCAAAUUAAAUCAAUAUGGCAGCUUACACCGAGGAUCAGUUGGCUGAAUUCCAGGAGGCUUUCAAUCUCUUUGACAAUCGCGGCGAUGGCAAAAUCCAGCUCAGCCAGGUGGGCGAAUGCCUGCGUGCCUUGGGACAGAAUCCCACCGAAUCGGAUGUGAAGAAGUGCACACAUCAGCUGAAGCCCGAUGAGCGCAUCUCGUUCGAGGUAUUUCUGCCCAUCUAUCAGGCCAUAUCGAAGGCACGCUCCGGCGAUACGGCCGAUGAUUUCAUUGAGGGAUUGCGUCACUUCGAUAAGGAUGCCAGCGGUUACAUUUCAUCCGCUGAGCUGCGUCAUCUGUUGACCACGCUGGGCGAGAAGCUGACCGAUGAGGAGGUGGAACAACUCUUGGCCAACAUGGAGGAUCAACAGGGCAAUAUCAAUUAUGAGGAGUUUGUGCGCAUGGUGAUGAGCGGUUAAGAACGAGAUUCUUUACAAUCUACUGCAACAACAAUAACUUAAAAUAACAUCAAGAACAACAAGAAAAUGUAAAAGAAACAACCUGCCAUGCUAGCUAGCCGUUCAUUCCGCCAACUCCAAUUCCAAGAUUCCACUUUAUUUAAGUAGCAACAGCAGCAGCAUUAUUAACCUUGUCCUUUUCGUGCCCCAAAGUUGUAUGGGCAACAAUUGCAUAUUGAAUUCCAUCUAAAGACAACAAAACAGUAUCUACACAUCUUUCAGCGCGACUAACACACACCCUAUACAUACACACAAACAAACAAACACACACACAACAUUUUACAGGGUAUUUUCCAAAUCCCGAGUCGCGGCGUUUUGCGUAUUAUUCUAAAAAAAAAAAGAAAA